GCCAUAUACCAUAUACCACCCACAUUCGUCCGACAUAGAUGGCAUGGUACAUCGGUACGAGGUUACUGCAAUAUCCAAUUAAUCUAUUUCGUUUUGUUUCUUUUCAAUGACGGAUCUGCAUGUUCCCCUUUAUCACUUGCAUGAAGCGCUGUUUGGAAAAUAGUUCUUGGCUCUCCAUUUAUUCGAUGAACUUCUCCUUAUCACCAACCUACGCCGCUCCCAGCUUUUCUAUUCAAAACAAAAAUCCCAUCGUAAACGAAAUUGGAUGAAAAGCAAGCGCGUCUAUGUGCCAAUAGGAAAAAUUGAAGCGAGCUAUUUGUUUCAUUAACAUCGGAUAUCGGUCGUAGAAAUCCGUAAAAAGUAUCACCUACACCGAUUGGUCGUCCUCCAAAACCGAUCGCAUAAACGACAGGCAUCAAUCUAUCCGAUCUUUGAACAAAUCUGCGGGGUUAAACUACUGUUCAUUUCCAAAAUUGAUUAAGGAUCUUGUUCAGUGGAGACAAAUUGGCAAUGUUACUCAAUAAUUCAAUACUAGUGGACUCGAAUAAAGUUAACCGACUCCUUUGGAAACAUGAAUAUUGAGCCUUGUCAUCUCCGUUGCCAUUUUAUCCACUUCGUCAAUCAUUGCGAUUAGUUCGCUUGGGAUUUUUUUGCUUGUCAAGUUCGAAAGUGGCCAUUCCUGUCAUCCCUUUUGGUAGAUUUCUUCUAUAGUGUUUUUACCUUGAUUGAACGUUCGGCGGUUGGCUAAGUGGCCAGAAUGGGUUAGAAAUUAUGUCGCUCAAUCUAAUUCCCUGGUCAAUUUCUAAGAACUUUAUUUUGAAUAAGGUAGAAUAGAUCCACUACUCAUCGACUCCUAUGCUUACCUUUCAAGAAUGAAGAAGUGUAUAUAAGGUGGUGAAGUACCUCGAUGUAUUAACUUUCUCAUCAUCACAGUCUUUGUACUUUUCUACAUUCUUUUAUUCUAGUCGCUCUUUCGCAACUCACAUUCCUUUUUUCCACUUUACAUUACUUCAAGAUGUAUUCCGCAGCUGUGCUUGCAACUUUCUCCUUCCUUCUCGGCGCCGGCGCUCAACAAGUUGGAACUUCAACCGCCGAAACUCACCCCGCCUUGACCGUUCAAAAAUGUGCCGCUGGUGGAACAUGUACCGAUGAAUCCGACAGCAUCGUUCUUGAUGCUAACUGGAGAUGGCUUCACUCCACCUCCGGAUCCACCAACUGUUACACCGGUAACACUUGGGAUACCACUCUUUGCCCAGAUGCCGCUACCUGUACCACCAACUGUGCCCUUGAUGGUGCCGAUUACGAGGGAACAUACGGUAUUACCACCAGUGGUGACUCCUUGAAGCUCAGCUUCGUCACCGGAAGCAACGUUGGUUCCCGUACCUACCUCAUGGACUCUGAGACUACCUACAAAGAGUUUGCUCUUUUGGGUAACGAGUUCACCUUCACCGUCGAUGUUUCCAAGCUUCCUUGCGGUCUUAACGGUGCUCUUUACUUCGUUCCUAUGGAUGCUGACGGAGGAAUGUCUAAAUACCCCACCAACAAAGCAGGUGCCAAAUACGGUACCGGUUACUGCGAUGCUCAAUGUCCUCAAGACAUGAAAUUCGUCAACGGUACUGCCAACGUUGAGGGAUGGGUCCCUGAUAGCAACAGUGCUAACUCUGGAACCGGUAACAUCGGAUCCUGCUGCUCCGAGUUCGAUGUCUGGGAAGCCAACUCCAUGUCCCAAGCUCUUACCCCUCACGUCUGCACUGUCGACUCCCAAACUGCUUGCACUGGUGAUGACUGUGCCUCAAACACUGGUGUCUGUGAUGGAGAUGGAUGUGAUUUCAACCCAUACAGAAUGGGUAACACCACUUUCUAUGGAAGUGGAAUGACCAUUGAUACCUCCAAGCCUUUCUCCGUCGUUACCCAAUUCAUCACUGAUGACGGAACUGAGACUGGUACCCUUACUGAGAUCAAGCGUUUCUACGUCCAAGAUGAUGUCGUCUAUGAACAACCAAGCUCUGACAUCUCUGGUGUUUCCGGUAACUCCAUCACUGACGACUUCUGUGCUGCUCAAAAGACUGCUUUCGGUGACACCGAUUACUUCACCCAAAACGGUGGUAUGGCUGCUAUGGGUAAGAAGAUGGCUGAUGGUAUGGUUCUUGUUCUCUCCAUCUGGGAUGAUUACAACGUAAACAUGCUCUGGCUCGACUCUGACUACCCAACCACCAAGGAUGCCUCUACUCCAGGUGUUUCCCGUGGAUCUUGCGCCACUGAUUCUGGUGUUCCAGCUACCGUUGAGGCUGCUUCCGGAUCUGCUUAUGUUACUUUCUCCAGCAUCAAGUACGGACCAAUCGGAUCUACCUUCAACGCCCCAGCCGAUAGCUCUUCUUCCGUUAGCGCUAGCUCAAGCCCAGCUCCUAUUGCUUCAAGCUCAAGCUCUGCUUCAAUUGCUCCAGUGUCAUCUGUUGUCGCCGCUAUUGUUUCUAGUUCCGCUCAAGCAAUUUCUAGCGCCGCCCCAGUUGUUUCUAGCUCUGCUCAAGCAAUUUCUAGUGCCGCACCAGUCGUUUCCUCUGUCGUCUCUUCUGCCGCCCCAGUUGCCACUUCCUCCACCAAGUCCAAGUGCAGCAAGGUUAGCAGCACUCUCAAGACCUCUGUUGCUGCCCCAGCCACUAGCGCUACUUCCGCCGCUGUUGUUGCUACUAGUUCCGCUGCUUCUUCAACUGGUUCCGUUCCUUUGUACGGUAACUGCACUGGUGGAAAGACCUGCUCUGAGGGUACCUGUGUCGUUCAAAACGACUACUACUCUCAAUGUGUUGCUUCUUCUUAAGAAGUUGCAAUACUUAGAGUAUAGAUGGUUGUAGAUAUUGUUCACUUUUUGGGCAAUAGUCUGGGAAAAUAGUUUUAAGUUCAGAUUUUGUAUAUAUUAGCCAUUGGCGUGGUAUAUAGUUUUUUGGUUGGUUGAAGAUUCAUCUUUAGAGAUGUAGGAAAAUUAGAAAUAUAAGACAUGUGUUUUCA